AUGGGGAGGGGCCCGGGAGCCGGAGAGUGCAUGUUGCCGAGAAACAGUGAACAGAGUAUCUGCCAGGCAAGAGCUGCUGUGAUGGUUUACGAUGAUGCCAAUAAGAAGUGGGUGCCAGCUGGUGGCUCAACUGGGUUCAGCAGAGUGCAUAUAUAUCACCAUACAGGCAACAACACAUUCAGAGUGGUGGGCAGAAAGAUCCAAGACCAUCAGGUCGUGAUAAAUUGUGCCAUUCCUAAAGGGCUGAAGUACAAUCAAGCUACACAGACUUUCCACCAAUGGCGGGAUGCUAGACAGGUGUAUGGUCUCAACUUUGGCAGCAAAGAGGAUGCCAAUGUCUUCGCAAGUGCCAUGAUGCAUGCCUUAGAAGUGUUAAAUUCACAGGAAGCAGCCCAGAGCAAAGUUACUGCUACCCAGGACAGCACUAAUUUGCGAUGUAUUUUCUGUGGUCCAACAUUGCCUAGACAAAAUUCACACCUACCCGCUCAAGUUCAAAAUGGCCCGUCCCAAGAAGAGCUGGAAACCCAGAGAAGGCAACUGCAAGAACAGCAGCGGCAGAAGGAGCUGGAGAGGGAAAGGCUGGAGAGAGAAAGAAUGGACAGAGAAAGGUUGGAGAGAGACCGACUAGAGAGAGAGAGGCUAGAGCGGGAGCGCCUGGAACAAGAGCAGCUGGAGCGGCAGCGGCAGGAGAGGGAGCGGCUGGAGCGCCUGGAGAGAGAGAGGCAAGACCGAGAGCGGGAGCGCCUGGAGCAGCUGGAGCGGGAGCAAGUGGAGUGGGAGAGAGAACGCAGAGUGUCUAAUGCUGCUCCAUCUUCAGACAGCUCCCUGUAUAGUGCUCCACUUCCUGAGUAUUCCAGUUGCCAGCCUCCUUCAGCACCUCCUCCAUCAUAUGCUAAAGUCAUCUCAGCUCCGGUGUCAGACGCCACUCCUGAUUACGCUGUAGUGACCGCUUUGCCACCUACUUCCACACCCCCUACACCACCACUGCGACACUCAGCGACACGUUUUGCAACAUCUCUAGGUUCAGCCUUCCACCCUGUUCUUCCCCAUUACGCCACAGUUCCUCGUCCUCUGAACAAAAACUCUCGACCUUCUUCUCCUGUGAACACACCCUCUUCUCAGCCUCCAGCUGCGAAGUCCUGUGCCUGGCCUACUUCCAAUUUCUCGCCCCUCCCUCCAUCUCCUCCGAUAAUGAUUAGUAGCCCCCCUGGCAAAGCUACUGGCCCAAGGCCGGUCCUUCCCGUUUGUGUCUCCUCUCCUGUGCCCCAAAUGCCUCCGUCGCCGACAGCACCCAAUGGGUUGCUGGACUCUGUAACAUACCCAGUGUCUCCACCGCCUACCUCAGGGCCAGCAGCGCCACCUCCGCCACCGCCGCCGCCACCUCCACCACCGCCGCCACCACCACCACCUCCACCGCUGCCUCCCCUCGCCUCACUCUCACACUGUGGAUCACAGGCUUCUCCUCCUCCAGGCACCCCUCUUGCCUCAACUCCCUCAUCCAAGCCCAGUGUUCUCCCUUCUCCCUCUGCAGCUGCCCCUGCCUCUGUGGAGACCCCUCUAAAUCCUGAGCUGGGAGACUCCUCUGCUUCCGAGCCAGGCUUGCAGGCAGCCUCUCAGCCGGCCGAGACGCCAACCCCACAGGGCCUUGUCUUGGGACCACCUGCCCCUCCACCACCACCCCCCCUCCCAUCAGGCCCUGCCCAUGCCUCAGCACUUCCUCCUCCCCCUGGACCCCCUCCACCACCUCCACUGCCAUCCACUGGGCCUCCACCACCCCCUCCACCACCUCCUCUUCCUAAUCAAGUUCCUCCCCCUCCUCCACCACCUCCUGCCCCUCCCCUCCCUGCAUCUGGACUUUUCUCUGGAUCCAUGUCAGAAGACAAUCGCCCUUUAACUGGACUUGCAGCUGCAAUUGCGGGAGCAAAACUUAGGAAAGUGUCUCGGGUGGAGGAUAGCUCUUACCCAGCUGGAGGGAGUGCUGUGGGUGUGAACUUGGCCUCAUCCAAAGCAGAUGCUGGUCGUGGGAAUGGACCCCUUCCUCUAGGUGGUAGCGGCUUAAUGGAAGAAAUGAGUGCCCUGCUGGCCAGGAGGAGAAGAAUUGCCGAAAAGGGGUCAACAAUAGAAACAGAGCAAAAAGAAGACAGAAGUGAAGAUUCAGAGCCUAUAACUUCUAAGGCCUCAUCAACAAGUACACCUGAACCAACCAGAAAACCUUGGGAAAGAACGAACACAAUGAAUGGCAGUAAGUCACCUGUCAUCUCCAGACGGGAUUCUCCAAGGAAAAAUCAGAUUGUUUUUGACAACAGGUCCUAUGAUUCAUUACACAGACCCAAAUCCACACCUUCGUCCCAGCCCAGUGCCAAUGGAGUCCAGACGGAAGGCCUUGACUAUGACAGGCUGAAGCAGGACAUUUUAGAUGAGAUGAGAAAAGAACUGACAAAGCUGAAGGAGGAGCUUAUUGAUGCAAUCAGGCAGGAACUGAGCAAGUCGAAUACUGCAUAGAGAAGCAAACUAAGGAGACAGGACUUGAAUCUGGAGAAAAACAAAAAUUCCUACAAACAACUGUUAACAACCCCCUACAAUUUUUAAGCUGUAAGAAGAAAAUGGAUACACAGUCAGGAGGGAAAACCGCCAAUCUCUGAAAGCCUUCAGACAUAGCGAUUCUGGCAAUCAGCUGUUCCCUCCCAGUGUGCUGCUCUUGUUCUGACCUUCACCGCAGGAUGGAGAAUUGUAUUUGAGCUCCCGUAGCAGUACUAAGCCCGUCAGGCAAGAUCACCGUGCAUUGAAAUAUUUUCAUAUCUAGAUGAAAUUGCACGUUUUCCGCAAUCCAUUGCUAAAAUAAAAAAAGAGAAAGGCUUAAGAGGUUUUUUUCAGAGGGCACUGACGAAGAAUUUUAUUUAGCAAGUUCUGCUGUUGCAUUGCAAAUGUUUCUCUCAGGUUUGUCUUCCUAUCAUGUUUGAUAUUCCGUGAAUAGUUAAGAUCAUAAAGUAUGGAACAAAUGGAAUUGUAUGUGCUUUCAAAGGGUGGUAUUUAUAAGAAAGGUCCUAAACUGUUUAGUCCCACUUGAGGAAUUUUAGAGUGAUAGGAAGUGUCUCGGGUUAGCCUUCAUGCAAUUUUGUAGUUUAAAACAUAAAUCUGUCCAGAAAUUAAAGAUUUAGAUGCCUUCCUAAAUUGUUACAAUGCUUUACCAAAUCUAUGACUUCUAUAUAACAAACAGUGGUCAAAUGUAAAACAUUCUAUUAUAGAUUUACUGUAGGUUUUCAACCUUUUUUAGACUUAUGCAUGUGGACAUUUUUAUAAUGUAAUUACAGUCACCACCAAGUUAGCUUUUUUAAUUACAGGCGGUAAUGCAUGCCACACUAAUAUGUAGCGGCCUUUUCAAGGCCUAGUCCCAGGGGAAACAUUUUGUAGAGUAUAGGGAAGCGGGAGGAAGGGGAGGAAUAACUUUUUAUUUAAAGUUAAUUUCUGCACUGUCUUUAUUUUCUCAGUUACCUGCAUGAAUUACAAUGAGAAAUAUUUUGUGACUUUAAUCAGUAAACAUGUUAACAAAACCGAGUACUUAAUCAUUUACAUCAUGACUUCAGCUUUUUGUGUUUUAACCAGCAGUUUGAAUGGUCUGAAGCAUGAUGCUGAGCUCCACGUGGGCUACAUCCCUGUGGAACUCAGAAGUUUGAUCACUGAAUUUGGCAGUUAUCUCUAGGCCCCCGCAGUGCUGCAGGUGCUCAGGUGCUUGCUCCUGACUGAAGCUGCUCUCAACCUCUGUUGUGCUAAAAUACAAGAAAUAUCAGUAAUGGCAGCAAUUAGGAUCACAGAAAUCACAGAUAAAGGGAAGCCACUGAGGAGUUCUGCAGUUUUUUGUUUUUUGCUUUUUUUUAAUAAAACUAAACUGAGACUUAAGUGGUAGGAAGAGUCUAAUGUUGUUACACCCUGGGUGUGUGUGUGUGUGUGUGUGUGUGUGAGAGAGAGUGUGUGUGAGUGUGUGUGUGAGUGUGUGUGUGUGAGAGAGAGAUGGAUGUCAUGGGUGUGUUCCAGCCCUUUAUGUUUAUGAUUGGCAACAUUAAAAUAAGGGAGAAAUCCUAUAUGUUGUAAUGUUAGCUUUUUGGAAAAUCUAGGAAAUCAAAAGUUCUUGAGGCUCUCCAUCAUGAUUUAUGCUUGAGUUAUUAAUGUGCCAUAUUUGCUUUGGAAUUUUUGGUUAACAAAACUCUUACUAAAAAAUGGAAGAAAUAAUCUACUUUCGUUUGCUUUCUAGAUUUCAUACAUGUCAGUUGUAAAACAAAGCUUGACAGCAGCAUAGUUUUCUAAAUGGUACCAUUUGCAGUUAUUACCACUACAGAGAUGUUUGAAUAAGGGAUAUUUUUUUCUUGUUAAGAGUUUCUGUUUCUGUAGAAACUUCAUUUUUAGAUUUUAUGAGGGAUGAGCUAUUAUAGUUGAGAUAUUCAGCUCUUUUUCUACCCAUUAUUGUCACGCAGUAACAGUAAAGGUGUUGAAGGUGUGGCAAGCUUGUAAGUUGUUCUCUAAAAGAAGCAGGCCUUUCAUUUUACUGUUGAACUUCUGAUUAUGCAGCUACUUUGAUAAUGUAAAUGUGUACAUCCCUUACAGAGCUGAUAAAAAGUCACUUCGUUUUGUUGCUGAAGUUAAUAGUCUAUAGUAGGUAGGGUACUGGGUAUAAGUGGUCCAAAGUGAGACAAAACACUAAAGUCAAUGCUAAGUCCUAAAAGAAACUGGUUUAUGCACUAAACGUUUUGUGCCUUGGUCUAAUAUUUAACACAAUGUCUGUAAAGUGACAAAAAAAAAAAAAAAGAACCAGUGUUGACUCAUGCUAUAUGCUUCAUCAUAUCAUAUAUUGCAUUAUCCCACAUGGCUGAAUGUGUUCCUUCAUAGAGCUUAAUUGGACUGUUCUACACAUUCGCUGUCAUACAUGAAAUCUUGUCAUUGUUGGAGAUUUCAGUGAUUAAAAUGGGAAACAGAGCUUAAGUUAUUUUCCCAAAACUGUUUCUUGGAACCAUAUUGUGAUGCUGGGUUUUUGCUUUUGUGUGUUGAAUGUCUUCAGCUGAGUACAGUUUAGGGAUCCUUUCUAGUUACAGGAAGGCACUGCUCUCCUCAACACUGUGAUCUGACCUGCGACAACUCUGUACAAUACACUCUGUGAAUGGCUAGCAAGUCAAUAGCAAACCAACUGAAUGUACAAACUUAGCGUGGUGCUGAAAUCUCUUCAGAAUAGUCAUCAUGAUCUCAAAGUCUGUUUAAAAAUUUACAAGCGUAAUGUGUCAAUCAGAACUAAAGAUGAAACACUGAUGAAUGUUCAGUUCUCAUGCUGCACGUGUGUUUUCUGUUUAGGUUUUUCAGUUCUGCUGUUUUUACCAUAACUGUUUCAUUUAAAUUUCCUACACGCUAACUUCAUUUGUGUGAUUGAAAUAAAAUUGCAGUAUAUACA